UUGAGGUUAUGUUGAUAAGUUAAGUUUAUACGAAAGCGUAUUUAGUAAAUACAUCGGUUUUGUUUGUUUAAUUGUUGAAAUAAUGAAUUGAACAAGUGUCUUGGUGAUGAAAAGUGUUUAAAUAGCAAAGACCUUGAGGUUAAAACUGUGUUUUUGUGUGAUAAAGUUGUUCUCGCGUUUGUUUUGAUAGUAAAAACAUAGUGUACUUAUUAUUGCUUUCGUUCGUAUUUAAAUUAUCGUGUAAUCAAAACAAGCCGUAUAAUAAACAUUAAAGUGGUAACAGAAUAUUUAAGUGUUUUUUCGUGUUUAUAUAAAUGGCUAAUCGAGUCCCUGGUACUUGUUGUGCUGCGUCGGUAGAAAGAGCCGGCUUACCAGGUCUUCUAAGAGAUCUACAGAGACUUUCCGAAGACCAAGAUUCUGCAGAUAUCGUUUUCAUCCUGGGUACUGCAGAGGAAAAAGUCUACGCUCAUCGGAUUAUCCUAGUAGCCAGAUGCAAAAGUUUCCAAAAUACGAAGCGCGGCGAAGUAUGCCGUACGGGCUGCACGGUGACGCCAUCUGUCGGCGCACCCGUGCCAGUUCGAAUGCCCCACGUACAACCUGAAACAUUCCGAUUGUUUAUACAAUACGUUUACACUGGCAAGCUACUACUUCAAGACUCAGGCGUAUUUGAAAUGAUGACGUUGUCAGCGGAUUUAGGUGUAGAAGACCUUCGCGCUGCGUGUGAAGACCACGUUACCUCUACUUUGAGCGUGGAAAGUGCCUGCACUUUGCUGGCAGCCGCUAUGGAUAUUCAAGAUCGUCCAGGUGGUAAAAGCGCCACGUCAUUCUUGGAGCGUUGCGUAGCGUUCAUUGGAGAGCACGCGGCCGACUGCGUGAGGACCAACGCCUUCCUCAACCUGCCCAAGGACGCGCUCAUCAAGCUCCUGUCUUCUGACUCCCUAUGUUUAGAAGAGGAGGAGGUAUGGCGCUGCGCGUUAGCCUGGGCGAAGCAACGCGCAGGUGUCACCCAGCCCUGUGCCCACUGGACCGAAGAGGAGCGCGCGAGAGUUUGUCACCACCUGAGCCCUCUUAUGACGCAUGUCCGACUCCUGCUUAUAGACAGUUGCGUUUUUGCUGAAGAAGUGGAACCAACCGGCGCGGUUCCAAUGGAGCUGUCUUUGGAGCGCUAUCGGCGAGCAGCUCUCACCGCCCCUCAUCAUCAUACACACGACUCUCGCACCAGACCUAGACUAGCUGUGAACAUGUUUGCCGGCUCCGUCAUUUUGCAACAAGACAAGAGCGCCUAUCAAGCUGUCAUCAAUAACUGGUGCGGCGUCGGUAAACAAGUAUGGCGGCUACUGUUCCGUGCUUCAGUCCACGGGUUCAGUGCGAGCGCCUUCCACAAGCAGUGCGACAAUGUUUCACCCGUGUUAGUACUGGUACAGUUAUCCCGUGGCGAAGUGGUCGGCGGCUUCAGCGAGGCUGCGUGGGCGGGCGGCGGCGCCGGCGGGUACCUGCCCGCUGAACGAGCCUUCCUGUUCGCGCUGCCUUCCACUCCUGGACAAAGUCCUGUUAAACAUCCACUACUGAAGAAGGCCUUCGCACUGUGCUACCAUCCAGAUUGCGGGCCAAUAUUCGGCGCAGGCGCUGACCUGCUCAUCUCCAGUAACUGCAACGCCAACAGCGACAGUUACAGUAAUCUUCACUCUUACGGAGCUCCUGAUGCGUCAGGGUCACUGGCACCUGACUACAACUUCACUGUACGCGACUACGAAGUCUUCACCUAUAAACACAACUGACUACGGAUGAUAACCUGCACUCUUAUGGGGUCCCUGAUGCUUCAAGGUCACUAGCACCCGAUUAGAACUUUACUGUGCGCGAUUACGAAGUUUUCACCUAUAAACACAACUGACUACACAGCAGCCUGCACUUUUAUGGGGUCCCUGAUGCUUCAGGGUCACUGGCGCCUAACUACAACUUCACCGUGCGCGAUUACGAAGUUUACUCCUAUAAACACAACUGACUACGGACAGCAACCUGCACUCUUACGGGGUCCUUGAUGCUUUAGGGUCACUGGCACACUACUAUAACUUUACUGUGCGCGAUUACGAAGCUUUCUCCUAUAAAUACAACUCACUACGGACAGAAGCCUGCACUGAUGCUUCAGGGUUACUCGCAGCUGACUACAACUUCACUGUGUGCGACUACGAAGUCUCCACUUAUAAACACAACUGACUACGGCCAUCUUCUGUACUUAAUACACUUACGCCGGGUACCAAAGGCUUCAUAAACACAACUGAUUACAAAUACUGUCAGGGGCUCCGGUCCGGGUGCUUCAGCAGGGUUAGCACAUGAUUGCCGCGAGAGUAUUUCGCCGAGAGAUAGACUACCCAUUCUUAUGCCAUUAAUACAGUUAGAAGAAGACGUGUGAUCUAUCUCGCGGCGACAUACUCUCGCGGCCAAUAUGUGCUAAGCCUACAGGAUUUACUAGCACCAAACUUCAACUUCACUGUGCGCGGCUACUGUGUUUUCUCACGUAAAAUUGUCUUCCUACUUAGCUGGUAAAUAUUGCUCUAAUAAAGUAGGUACCUAUUAUAUAUGUAAGUAUCGUAAGAUAAUUCUUGCCACAAUACAUUAAUUACUUUAUAAUGUUGACUUAUACUUAUUGCUAUUACAAUAUAACAAAUGUAAAUAGAGAAUGUGAUUCUAAAAUAAAUGCUUGA